AUGUCCAGGUCCCAUCCUUUGGACAAUGCAGGGCUCUUUUCUCUUGCCUCAUUUGCCUGGAUGACGCCCAUAUUAUGGAGACUUUCCAAGAACCGUCUGGGACGAACCCCUCUGUUCCUCUCGCCGCACGACGGAGCCAGCAUCAACGGAAACCGGAUGGAUCAGUUGUGGCAGGAGGAGGUGUCUCGUGUGGGACUGGAGAAAGCGUCUCUGGGGAGGGUGGUGCUGCGCUUCCAGAGGACCCGCCUCAUCCUCUGUGCCAUUGCUUCCUUCUUCCUGACGGGGGCGCUCUUCUUUGGGCCGGCUGUGUUGAUGUAUGAGCUGUUGAGCUAUGUGAAGACUCCAGAUCAGUUCUCUCUGAGCUAUGGUUUGUGGAUGUCCUGUGCCCUCUUCGGCUCAGAGUUCAGCAAAGCCUUCCUGCUCUCGCUCUGCUGGGCCAUCAACCUGCGCACGGCCACGCGCGUCAGAGCUGCCCUCUCCGUGCUGACCUUCAGGAAGGUCAUCGGCAUGCGCAUCACCACCAGUGUGUCUUUGGGACAGAUCGUUAACAUGUUGUCGACGGAUAGCUACCGGAUUUUUGAGGCGCUGGUGUACAGCCCCAUUCUUCUCUCUUCCCCACCACUGCUGCUGCUUCUCAUCGCUUACUCCUGCUACGUCCUCGGAUACACCGCCCUCAUCGGAGUCUCCGUCUACCUGGUCUUCAUCCCUAUACAGUUUUGUACUGCCAAGGUGAUAAACACGUUCCGGAGGAAGGUUGUCGUGGUAACGGACAGCCGAGUGCGCACCAUGAACGAGGUUCUUACCUGCAUCAAAUUCAUCAAGCUGUACGCCUGGGAGGACUCCUUUGAGAAGAGGAUCACAGAAAUCCGUAAGAAAGAGGGGAGUCUGCUCCAGAAGGCUGGUUAUGUGCAGAGUGUGAAUGCUGCUAACUCGGCCAUUGUCCCCACACUGGCCAACAUCCUCACGUUUGUCAUACACACACUCCUCGGACUCCCCCUGGACCCCUCCACGGCAUUCACCAUUGUUGCCAUCUUUAACUCCUUGAGUUUAACUCUGGGGUCGUUGCCUGACCUUCUCAAAGCUUUGGCGGAAGGCAUUGUGUCACUUGCACGAAUCAAGAGGCUGCUGUUGCUGCAGAACCCUGAGUCCUAUCUGACCCAGAGGAAGGGGCUUGGAGCGGCUCUGGUGAUGGAGAACGCCUCCUUCUCCUGGAAGUCACCUGACAGCUCACCUGAGAGCACAAACAAUGACACACACACAUUAGAGAACAAACCCACCCUCAGAAACAUCAGCUUCACCCUACCGAGGGGAAACCUGCUAGGAGUGUGUGGCAAUGUGGGAAGUGGCAAAACAUCACUCAUAUCCAGCAUCCUAGAACAGAUGUACCUGCUGAAGGGGUCUGUAAUGGCGGACGGGACAUUAGCCUAUGUUUCUCAGCAGGCCUGGAUCUUCCACGGAUCAGUGAGAGACAACAUCCUUAUGGGAGAGCCUUUCAACCAGUGCCGGUAUAAUGAAGUCCUCAGUGCAUGCUCCCUCAUGCCAGACUUGGCCAUACUCCCAUACGGGGAUAAGACUGAGAUUGGUGAGCGUGGGCUAAACCUGUCGGGCGGUCAGAGGCAGCGGAUCAGUCUGGCCCGAGCGGUCUACUCAAACAGGGACAUCUACCUACUGGACGACCCGCUGUCUGCUGUGGAUGCUCACGUGGGCAAGCACAUCUUCGAGGAGUGUGUGAAAAAAGCCCUGACAGGCAAAUCCGUCAUCCUGGUCACACACCAGUUACAGUAUUUGGAGUUCUGUGACGAUGUGCUGCUUCUUGAGAAUGGGGAGAUUAAGAAGAUGGACACACACACAUCUCUGAUGAAGGCUCAGGGCCAUCACGCUCAGAUCAUCAACAACUUCCAGCUGGAGCAGACACAUGAAACCUUUGACAUGUCAGAUGAACAAGAGAAAGGAGAGGACACUGGACAAACUGCUGAUAAGACAGAUUCAGGAAACCAGCUGGUCAAACAGGAAGUCUCUCAGGAGGGAUCAGUGACAUGGCAAACAUAUCACCAGUACUGUAAAGCUGCAGGAGGUUAUAUUCUGUUCUUUUUUAUCAUGCUGAGCUUUGCUUUGCUGGUUUUGACGACGAUCUUCGGCAACUGGUGGCUAGGUUACUGGCUGGAACAAGGAUCUGGGGUACGUAACUGGACCAACUCCACUGAUGAGGGGGUCUCUGCAGCGGACGUCUCCCUGAACCCUGACCUCCAGUUUUACCAGCUGGUCUAUGGCCUCUCUGUGGUUGCCAUGGUAAUCUUCAGCCUUAUCAAAGGCUACUCCUUCACCAAGGCGAUGCUACGUGCCUCUUCUAGACUCCAUGACACCAUGUUUCAUAAGAUCAUGUUCAGUCCGAUGAGUUUCUUUGACACCACACCCACGGGCCGCAUAAUGAACCGGUUCUCCAAGGACCAGGACGAGCUGGACUCCAGUCUGCCCUUGAACAUGGAGAACUUCCUGCUGCACUGCCUCAUCAUCACCUUCACCAUCGUCACCAUCGCCGCCGUCUUCCCCUUCAUGCUCGUUGCCCUGGCCGUGCUCGGACUAGUCUUCGUUCUCAUCCUCUAUUUGUUCAAGCAGUCCAUACUUGAGAUGAAGCGCAUGGAGAACGUGAGCCGCUCACCGUGGAUCUCUCUCACCACCUCAGUCAUCCAGGGCCUCAGCACUAUACACGCCUACGACAAGAGAGAGCAGUACGUCGAGCUAUUUAAAGACAAGAUGGACAACAACUUGAACCACUUCCUGCUAUUCAACUGUGGCAUGCGCUGGCUUUCCUUCUGGCUGAACAUCAUUUCUGUGUCCUUUACCCUGAUGGUGGCGCUGUUCGUGGUGCUCAGUCCAGACAGCAUCAGCCCUUCUAUGAAGGGCCUGGCUCUCUCCUGCACCAUACAGGUGUGCUGUGAUCCACCAUACAGGUGUGCUGUGCUCCACCACUACACCUUACAGCUCACAAGGAUGAUGGAGAAUGUUGUGAAGUUGAAUAUGGGACUGGAGGCCAAACUCACCUCUGCCGAGCGUCUGAUGGAGUACAUCACGGGUUGUGUAUCAGAGGCGCCACGGCAGGUGAAGGGGGUUCACUCUCCGGAUUGUUGGCCCCAACAAGGUUCCAUCACCUUCAAGGACUACAGCAUGCGUUACCGUGACAACACUCCCAUGGUGCUCAACAACUUGCGCUUAACUAUCUAUCCCAAAGAGAAGCUCGGCAUUUUGGGAAGGACCGGAUCUGGUAAGUCGUCUCUGGCCAUGGCGCUGUUGCGCCUGUCUGAGCCAGCAGGGGGCACUGUGAUGAUAGAUGAGGUGGACACCAGCUCCAUUGGCCUGCAGGACCUCAGGAGUCAGCUGGCCAUCAUCCCUCAGGACCCGGUGCUCUUCCACGGAACAGUCAGGUAUAACAUGGACCCGUUUGAUAAGUACAGCGAUGAGGAGAUCUGGCUGGCGCUGGAGAGGACCUACAUGAAACCCAAGAUUUCCAGGCUGUCUGAGGGUCUGGAGGCUCCAGUAGAGGAAAAUGGAGAGAACUUCUCAGUGGGGGAGAGACAGCUGCUGUGUAUGGCCAGAGCACUGCUGAGAAAGUGCAAAAUCUACUUGCUGGAUGAGGCCACAGCCUCCAUUGACUCAGAGACGGACUCUCUGGUGCAGCAGACCAUCCGGGAGGCCUUCAGAGACUGCACCGUCCUGACCAUAGCCCACCGCAUCAACACCGUCCUGGAGAGUGACCGCAUCCUCGUCAUGGACAAUGGACAGGUGGCAGAGCUGGACCCUCCAGAGGUUCUGAUGCAGCGGCCAGACUCUCUGUUCUCCUCCCUACUGGCAGCGGCCAACCGGGCCAACACGUGAUGCUAGACGGACAAACGAA